UGGCACGCCUCAGUCACUCACUGGCUGGCACGCCAGCCUGACAGUCUUUGAAGCUGUCCAAUACAUAAUAGAUAAAAUUGUUAUUAAACACGCAUUUAUUUAUUGUACAUCGUAAAAAGUGACUAUUGCCAUCUACAACAGUGAUAUUGCAGUGCUCGACGUUGAUUGAUUUAAUCUACUUCUCGUCACUCGUGGCUGGGGUAUUCGCAAGGAUGGGUGCCUCACAUCCCGAGCAAGAACUGUCGCUUUACGACCGGUCGUUACUGCUGGACUUGGACUUUUCGCGGUCACCUGCGAAGUUUAGUCCGCCGAUUUCGGCCGCUAAUCCCGGUGAACCAUGGAUGAAGGUGCGGCCAUUGCAGAGCGGAGACUUCCACCGCGGUUUCCUGCAGAUCUUGUCCCAGCUAACCUCAGUAGGCGAUGUGUCGUUGGCGCAAUAUCUGAAUCGAUUUGCUCAAAUGCGUGCAAGUGGAGAUUAUUACGUGACGGUAAUAGUGGAUAGUCGUUACGAUAAAAUCAUCGGUAGCGCCACGCUGGUAUUGGAGCACAAAUUCAUUCAUGGAUGUUCUGUUCGUGGCCGGCUCGAAGAUGUCGUCGUGGAUGACACAUACCGUGGAAAACAGCUAGGAAAACUCAUCGUGGUUACGGUCUCACUGCUUGCCCAACGUCUCGGAUGCUACAAGAUGUCUCUGGAUUGCAAAGAUAAGCUGAUCCCGUUCUACAAAUCCAUUGGAUACGUACUGGAACCAGGCAAUUCCAACACGAUGAACAUUCGCUACGAACAAAGCAAUUCAAUUUCCGCCAAUCGCACAGCUGCAAACGAACCACCGGAAAUCAUCGAUCCAUCCUGACAAUUAGCCGCCAGUACUGCUACCAAAAAGUCCAAACUGUAAACCAUUGCUUUCGAAGAACUUACAGAAAGUCACCAACUUUUCUGUUUCUAUGAGCUCUUUAAAUUAAAAAAAUAUCAUUUAGUUUAUUUGAGAGCCUCGAAGCAAUGGAACUUGAAAUGCAUAAUUUAUUAUUUGGAUUUCAAUUGGAUUUUUUACCACAGCAGUAUCUGGCACAUAAUUGGCACUUUGUUCAACUUUGAUUUCAAAUUACUAUAUUGAUGCUUGUCUAUAUACUUUCUGGUGAUCGUGUUUCCUUGCCAUGCGAAUUUGGGUUAAAAUGAUGUACGUUUAUUAUGCAAUCUAAUCAAUUAGUUCAAACCGUUUAGCGAUUUGUAUAAAGUUCAAGAAAUAAAGUUUUAAUUCAUUUUUUUAGACUUAGA